GAUGAAAUACGGAGACAGAGGUGUAGACCUGGAGGUGCGCUAUAUGAACUGCACAGUUUAUAUCCUGUGCAGGGAUUAUAUAGAUACCAGUCCAUAUCCGAUGAACUAUCGUAUGAAAAUAUGAUAGUUGAGGAUAUUAGACAGUUAGUCACGUCUCGAUUGGCUGUUCUGGAAGAGGAGAAGAAAAAUAGAUUGACU